AUGGAAAUAUCUUGGAGUCGAUGUAUCAUAUGCCAAACAACCACAACAGAAGAUUUAAGAUGUCCUCUUAGAGCAUGUGGUCCAUGUUAUGACCCCAUAUCAGUCUAUGCCUCUUUUCUUCAGAAUGUUCUUGAGUUUAGCUCACUAGGUGCUCUGCCAGUCAAUGUUCCCUUCGCUCUUGAUAUAGACACUGAUGUUUUAAUUAAAAAUGAGGCGUCAUGGCACAAGUCUUGCUAUUUGAAAUUCAAUUUGUCGAAGCUACAAAAAGUCAAAGAAAGAGUAUGUAGGAAAAGGGAGAAGGAAGAAGGCCAACCAGAAGAGGAGGAGAAAGCCCCGGCAGUAAAGAAUCGACGAAAAUCACUAACACACAAUAAGGAGGACUGCAUCUUGUGUGGUAAGGGGGGCCAGCUACAUGAAGUCACCACUUUUUCGACCGACCAGAAUAUCCGUCGCAUGAUUACUGAAAUUAACAAUUCUACGCUAACGCCAAAGAUCUCAGGAGUUGAUCUCAUAGCAGCUGAGGCCAAAUAUCACCUUAAAUGUUUGACUGACCUAAGAAAUCGGUAUAGAAGUAAACUCACUAAAAAACGACAAGAAUCUUGUGAAAAAGAGGACGAGAAGAUUAUGGAGUCUCAAGCAUACAUUGAGUUGGUUGAGUAUAUUGAGAACUCUGUCGAGGGGAACAAGCUUCUUUUUAAGCUAUCUGAAUUGCAUUCACUUUAUAUAAGUCGCCUUGAAGCUUUGGGCGUUUAUAAGACUGUAAAUAAAACUCGACUGAAGAAUUCAUUGUUAGAUCAGUUUCCUGAUGCACAAGAGCAAAAUGAUGGGAAAAAUCUUGUCAUAAUUUUCACGACAGCAUUACAGGGUAUGGUUAAAGAUGCAAUCAAGAAAAGGGACUUCUCUGAGGACGCCACGAUACUGGCCAAGGCGUCCGCAAUUGUAAGAAGGGACAUAUUUAAGAAUAAAGGCUUCAACUUUUCUGGCAAUUUUACUACAGGUUGUCAAGAAACGUCCACCCCAGCAAGUCUGAAGUCGCUCAUUUAUAUGAUCCUGAGUGGCUUGGACAUUGAGAACACUGAAGCACAAGAUUCCCAGCCAUGUUUAACUGUGUGCCAGACGAUAAUUUUCAAUGCAAAGGAACGAAGAGGAAAGUCAACAACUGGCCAGACACGACAUACCAAGUCCCGCGAACCACCACUCCCAUUAUACAUCGGACUUAACAUACACGCAACAACAAGAAGCAAGGCGCUAAUAAUGAAGCUUUAUGAGCUGGGGCUGUCGGUCUCAUACCAAAGGAUCAUGGAGAUAGAGGAAUCCCUUGCCAGCUCCAUAAGCGAGCGAUUUGUUGCUGAUGGAUGUGUAGUACCUGCUAGUUUGAGAAAGGGACUGUUCACGAUAGGAGCGCUGGAUAACCUUGAUCAUAAUCCGAGCUCGACAACCGCUACAUCAUCAUUUCAUGGCACUGGCAUCAGCCUCUUUCAGCUCCCAACGGUUGGAAAUCAUGGGGAACUCAGAGAUCCGAUCCGCUUACCAUCACAUGGAUCAGGACACUCACUACCAGAAGAGUACGCCGUUGUCCACCCCGUCGAGCUAAGCACCAACAGUUCUGUAAUACCAGCAAGAAUCACGAAAGAAACAGGGUUGUCUUUGAACUUUGAGAAAGGAGAAGAAAAACGAUGGAUGGAGGAGACCCUUGUUAAAUUUGACAAAGAAAACGUUGUUGCUGAUGACAAGUUGACGUGGGCAGCCUUUCACUCGGCAAAGCAAGUCGAAAAAGACCCACCAGCAUUAACUGCACUGUUACCCAUUUUUUACGAGAAGGCAGCAACGCCAGCAAUGAUAAAGCAUGGGAUGGACGUAAUACGACAGGCGACAACCUUUCUGAACCCGGGCCAGGUCCCAGUCAUUACUGUAGAUCAACCUCUAUUUGCCUUGGUGAAGAUGGUGCAGUGGAAGUGGCCGACGUCACACGGAGAGCAGGCAUUCGUUGCGAUGAUGGGUGGUCUCCACGUUGAGAUGGCACUAUGGAGUGUAGUUGGCGACUUGCUAGAUGGGUCAGGAUGGACCACCGCCUUGACAGAAGCUGACGUGGCCUCGUCUGGUGUGGCAGAUUCAUUCCUGAAGGCAUCACAUCUAACAAGAACAAGGUAUGUUUGAAUUCCUGUUCAUAUAACUAGUUGUUUUCUCAGCCAGUGAGAGUUGCUUUUAUUGUUAUGAAACCGUAACUGUAUGCUUUUAAAUUUCAGGCAUGCUCACCAGGUUACAUCUCUUGCCCUGCAUAUGCUAAAGAAAGAGGCAUUUUCGACGUGCGCUGAUGACACUACAAUGGCUACAUGGGAGGAACAGAGAAAAACCAGGAGCCCGACGUUUCUCUUCUGGGAUCUUAUCUUGAAGUACGAGACCCUGGUUCUACUUUUUGUACGUGCACAUCGCCAGCGUAAUUUCACCCUGUACGUCGAGGCCCUUGAAGAGUUAAUACCAUUAUUCUUUGCACUGGAUCACAUGAACUACGCCAGGUGGGUAUCCAUCCACCUUCGAGACAUGAAGUCCUUGCCUGAAUCAAUCUCCAAGGUGUUUCAAGAGGAAGGACGAUGGGUAUUGUCGAAGACGGGCAAUCGGUUCUCUGCGAUCCCUUUUGACCAGGCGCACGAGCAGGAGAACAAGGUCGUAAAGAGUGCAGGAGGAGCCGUUGGCCUUACGGAAAACCCUGUAGCCUUUAGGUAAACUUUAAUAUAUAAUUAUAAAAACUUCAUGUUACAACUGAAUUCGGUGCAUCGCGAAAUUCAUUUCCAAAAUGCUGGUUUUGUUUUAGACCUUAAAGAAUAGCAUAGUAAAUCAAUCCAAUCCAUUCAAGCGAUUCCUGUAUUGACAGAAAUCCAUUUGACUGCAUUAGGGGACAGGGCAAGUAAUUGAUAACAGGGCAAGUAAUUCAUUGUCCUGGACGGUUUAAUCGACUAUGCGCUCUUAUGAAAACAAAAAUGGUCGCGAUGCAUUGAAUUCAGUUUGCAAGACAGACAGUUGUUCUGAAAAAUCUGAAUGCUUUAGUUACAAAAUAUGGAUUAAUAGAUCUAAAAGCAAUAUUUUUUUUAAAAAAAAAGUUUCAGCUGAGCAAUUAUUAUUUUUCAUUUUCUAUUUUCAGACGAUGGAUGCUUUCGGGCCCUGAGACAACAAGGCUUCUGCACCAGUUUGAAGGUCAAUAUCUAGAAGAUAGCGACGAGCGUGGUGGACGUCUCAACCACGAAAUGGGCCUCAGUGCGCAAAAGACGUUUAAGCAGCAGAUGAAUAAACUAGUAGAUGUAAUGAGAAAGAUGGGAAACCCUUUCCUCGACGACUUUCCUGAGUUGGUUACACUGGAUAGCCGUGAUUGUGCAGACGAUGACGUAGCUAAGGCAGUGAAGAACCUCGACACCCUUGGUCAGACCCAGUACAGGGAAUAUGUCAAGACAGUUAUAGAGGAUCGGACGAUCUCCAUUCACAACACCAUUAAGAGGAACAAUAUCCCCCUUUACAAGAAACGACCCCUGCGAAACAAAUCUAAACAGACGAAGAAAAUAGCUGCACUCCAAAAUAAUGUUGCACUCUUUGCACAGCUGUACAUAGCCAUGCAGAGCCGUAAUGCUGACCUCGAGGAGUUCUUCAGCCAUGAAGUUCAACCAUUCCCUCCCUCCUUAUCAGAAUUCGGCAAUCUUCGCCUACCAAGCGCUAAAUCGGAACUCCUCAAGUGCCUUAUUCCAUCGACUCAGGCAGAGCCUCCCACGCAAUUUGACUGCAGUGUUCUAGACGGAGCUGUCGUGGUCCACUGCCUCCCCGUAACUGGUUCGAACACCUUUGAUGAUUACGCCCAUAACGUCUUCAUUCUUCACACAUCCAGAAAUAUGCUACCAAAUUUGACCAUUAAUAUCUUGGUCAGUUUUUUACAAAUAUACAACUGUAAUAUGUCCGAAUCUAAGUUAGCCUUUCCUCUAUCUAAUAAAAUAUAUUUGAGUGUAAUAGCUUCACUCGCUGCAAAGUUAUUAAGAAUCAAACCGCAGUACUUUCUUUGGGAAACCCGGCAUAUAGACUUCGUCCUCAGUUCACCGGCUGGUGAUUUCUUCGGUCUGAAGAAUUUUGAACUUUGUUUGAAGGAAUCAUCAAAAUUCAUUAAUUUUUUAGCGAUUCUCAGCAGCCUUUCGCGCUCGUAUUCGACUUUUCCGCUUUCCUUGGGAUCAACCCUAAUUGAAAUAGCUGUAUAUCCAUCCAUGUAUUUCCUGAAAAUGUCUUUCAAUGUUAAACUUUCAGGAGUGCAAUUAGUUGCAUAAUACUGAAGAUUGAAAACAUAAAUUACAUAGUGAAAAGCGUGUUUUUCAAUUUUCGUGAAAUGUUUAAUUUAUUCCAUGUGAAACGUGAAAUGUAUUUUCAUGUGCAACGUUUUCCGAAACUCGCUCCCCAAGGUAGGGACCUUGACCUCUGGCCUUGCGUAAUCGACUUUAAAUCCAGCAUUGUGAUUAGUGUUUUGUUUUUCAAGGUUGACACCAGAGUCAUUACGGUGGUUACUAGUGAAAGGCAAAUAUGACGAGGCAAUAAAAUACCUGGCAAAAGUUGCGAAGGUCAAUAAGAAAGAAUUGCCUGAUGAAGAAGUCAAAAGACCUGAUGUUGUAAAAGAAGGAAGCUUCCGUCAUCUUUUUUUAAACAGGGAAACAACAAAGAAAAGUUUGAUAGUCUUCGAUAUUUGGUAAGUUUUAUUAUCCAUGGACAGUUAGGGACAAUUGAGGCAGGAAUGCAUGGACACCGGAGAGUCGUAAUGGGUAAGACCGCUGUAAGUAGUGGAAUAGGUGGGAAGUGCAGAAAUGGACCUUUUGAAGAAACUUACCCUCAACUUUUCCCUUUUAGAAUCUGUUUAUAUGGGCGGGCUCUGCCUGGCAAAACGAGUUACUCGGCAAAGGCGCGCUAGAUUCUGGUGGCUAUUAUACAAAAUUACUAGUUUUCCUGCGUGACUGUUUCAUGAUGCAACUGGGCAACUCGCCUAGUCGUGAGAUUUCGACAGAAAAAGGCGGUAUCUCGCGUGGACGAGAUGAAUAUUUUACGUCCAAACAUUUUGACCGGCAAACUCAGCAACCCGAGAUAGAAUGUGCAUGCCUAAUUGCAUUUGAAAUACAAUAGCUCAAAAAUCGAAUCAUUAGAUAAGUUUUCCUGAAUAUCUGAGUACAACGAAAACUUUGUUGUGUCGUGCGGGAUUCGAAUUCGCACCUUUGGCUUCAAUCAAUUAAUCCACGUUGACUCGAACAGCUUUUGUUUUUUGCAUUUACUCGACAAAUUUAUCCAUAAAUCCAAGAUCCACAACGUUUUGCUAACGUCAAUAAUAAGCGCAGACCUCCCACUUAGUGUCAAUCAUAUGUUCUUAUGUGACCAUAAUUCUCCAAUCAGAUACUUCGUUUGUAGGUGGACGAGUCUUCCAAAAUGACAAAGCCAUGUGCAGGCGUUAUUUUUCCACCCCAAACGCAAAUAAACAACUUGUCAUAGGCAAACUUGAAGCGUACUAUAAUUUCAAGUUUGUUACGCUUUAAACGCAAUGUUGUAAUGACUAAUGAAAUUGAAACGCUUCGAGCAUGAUGCAACGGUUAUUUUUCGUUACUUAACACGUUAUGCAUGUUGUAUAUACUCGUUUCUAUUGAGUGAACAAAUUGUGGCCCGUGAAAUGUAGUCUAGGACCUGUAUAUGAGUUUGCAUGCAUUUCAUUUAGGACAGAUAAUCAGAUCUCAACUGUUUAGGGCAAGUUGACCAUUACGAUCAACAUUGUAAUGCUGCCCAAACCAGAAUAAUGAGCGAACCGUCCGAAACUUACCACAGACAAAAACAACGCUUUCGCCAUAGUGCUAUCUACCAAACCAUAAAGCUUUGGCUAUUCUGAGGUGCUUAUAUGGUUCAGAGAUGGUGCUUUCAGGGGCCAGGGGUAAUUGGUAAGUGUGAAAUGCCUAGCGCUGAUAUUUCACAAGAAAAUGACCAUCCAAUACUCAUAGUCUUCAAACGUCAAUUUGUGGCCUGCAACCUCAGAUACACAGCAGUGGACCGACUUUACCUUUUUUCCUAAAUCGUUUUGAUAGAAACAUAAUUCGUACUCAUAAGUAUAUUGUCGCCGUUUUGGUGUGAAAUAAUUAAUAUAUCUUGUGACUGAAAUAAUAAUUUGAAAUGUACUAGCCUGCGUAGCAGGCGGUAUUCGCGGGCACGAGAGAAUGGGAAGUUUGAAAUACCGCCUGCCCAAAAACUACACAUUCUGAGUUCUCCGCGGCAGCUGGGUGCCGGAGCAUUCUGAUUGGUCAGAAUGUUGAUUUUCAAUUUUUGAUUGACAGGAGUAAAGAAUUAGAAUAAUUAGUGCUAAUUUUAGAAGUUACUGUUGCCGUAUUUAUAAUAUAAACUAUUGUUAUUUUCGUAAUUGAUACCGAUAUAUCAAGUGAUGGCAUACACUAACCAAAAAAUAACGAAUGUAUUAAUUGAGAAUUAAGCGUUGAAUUCUUUAUCUUGAAUCGGAAAUCGCUUCGUCUUCAAGAAUGAACAACGAAUAUCAAUCCAACAUUUGUUGCUUGAGAGAUGUGAUACCGUGAUAAAAGUGCAGAUUUGAAGGUACAGGCUCGUAAAUGACACUCUAAGUAGUGUUUUUGAUAGCGAUUGGAAUAAGACUAUUACAAAGUUACGUCCGAAUUCGAAGGGGCCGAAGUUAUGUUCGGCGAAAGGUAUGGCUAGUCUAUUACUGAUUUUUGUUCUGACAAUUGCGUAAUUUGAUAAUACACGAACUCGCUUGACUUUCAAAGCUCAUAAAUCGCUAUAAUGUUGACAUCGACUAAAACUAUCGCUAUGAAUAAGGACAUAUUGUUACACUGGAUCGAACGUGGCAUUUUUGUCUUCAUAGCAUUGAAUGAACCGAAGAUAUGAAACGUCAGGCCUGUUCUAAACGUCGCAUUUUACAUGUGCCAAAUGCAUUCAAAACAAUAGAUAAUCAGCUGAAAUGCCUCAUUAUCCAUUGGCAUUGAGUUGAAUGCAUUCGGCGCAUGUAAAAUGCGACGUUUAGAACAGGCUUCGAAGUCGUAUAUUUGCUCUGGUGCAAAUACGUGAGUUUGACAAAUAAUUAAAAUAAAUACAUUAAGAUGGGCGGGACCAUGCGUUCGGUACUCCGGUGGGCGGAACUCAGAAUGUGUAGUUUUUGGGCAGGCAAACUAUUCAGCAGGAAGUUUACAAUUAUACUAGGAAGUGUAUGAAUAUUUCGAAGAACUUGAUCAAAUGAAUUGGUCAGCUCGAGGCAAUGUAUUGAAUCAAUAUUUGAGGAACACUUCAAUUGGAACGACAGUAAGUAGAUUCUAGCUGUUUAACCAUCGACAAGGUAAAACCUCAACUUUGUUCAAAUUCGGCACCGUUGUGUCAUCCCGUGUCGUUUGUCAACAAUUCGGCCUCGUUAUGCUUCCAUACAAGCCACUUCGAUUGCACUAAUAACAAUUCUAACAAUUUAUUAAGGAUAUAUAUAUGAAAAUAAAAAAUAUGAAUAAAGGAUACGAAAUGCAGCAUUUUACAGCCCUGUAAAAUCUUGCUUACGAGUUUUUCAAAGCACGCCGAACAAAUCCCGCGAUAUGAACAUGGCAAACAAAUUAAAUGUUGAUUGUUGGUUUUGCGAUACUGGGUGCCUUUGCUUUAUUCUUUAAAAUCACCUCCCCCUCUCCCGUGUCAAGGACCUAUUACUUUGUCUACUUGAGUUCUUUAUUAUUAUUUUGCCCACGCGAGAUUUUUCCAUUUUAGUUUUCAUCGCCAAUAUAAUGUCCUCUAACUGAACGGAUUUAUUCAAUCUACAUUUUAAGCAAUCUCGUUCCUAGUGGUUUCAAGUAACAAAGUAAAUGUACUUCGUCACUGUACUUGAGUACUAUUUUUGAUAAGUCAGCAUGUAAAAAAUUAAAGUAAAAUUUUUCUGGAGUACUUUUACUUGGAACGAAGUCGUUUUAAGAAGUAACGUAUUACUUCGUUAUUUUCAUUUUGUGCAUGGCGACGUAUUUCGUUACUUUCUAAAUUUUGUUUAAUUUUACGUAAUAUAUUUUAAUUUUGGGAUAGGUAAUAGGAUCUCUACAUGGGUCUGGGAUCUCUCGUUUGUAGCUUACUUAUAAGUAUUAUUUAUUCAAUGUAUUUUUUAUAUCUUCAACGGGGUCUGAAAAGUAGACCAUGCCGUCAAAUAUUGCAUAUUUAUAAUGUGUUUUUGUAUCUCAAUCCGUCAAUGGAUAAGUCCCCCCCCCCCUCUACACGCUACUGACAAUAGUAAUUUUACUUUUACUUUGUACUUCAAAUAUUUUUUAAGGAUACUUUGUAAUUUUUACUUAAAUACGUUUUGCCUCUAGUACUUUUUACUCUUACUCAAGUCGUUUUAUUGUCUAUUACUUAUACUUUUACUCAAGUACAAAUUCAAAGUAAUUUACGCAACACUGCUCGUUCCCCGAGCCUGCGAUCCUUGGGAAGGAAACGUAGGUUCUGGGAUAAUCCAAAGAAGAAAUGUAUAUGAUUGGUUGUUGGAAUGGAAUGUUGCAAUAUAUCAAAACUUAAUGAUACAAUGGAAUGUUGCAAUAUAGCAAAACUUAAUAUAUUGUCUUUGUAUUUUGAGAGCAGUGCUAUAUAUAAAUACUACAAAGGGAAUGUAAAGAAACGUAUUGCUAAUGCGUAAUUUGCAACUGUUAAAUAGAGCAUGAAAACUUUGUUCACAUUUAUGUUGUACACGUUUUCGCACUUUUCUGUAGUUUUAUAUGCAUAGAAUGCAGUACAAUGUACUAUGUGACUAGAGUAUCAAAAUUGCUAUAUUUUGCAAACAUACAUAUUAUUAUGUUUGUGUUAGAAAUGGUUAAUAACUUUAAUAACUUUUUGUUACUUAAUUGGAAGAAACGUUUAUUAUUUUAUAAAGAACUAUUCACUACACACCAGUUUCAAUAAAUCCAAUCUUGGGAUUUACUCUUAUAAUUAUAUUUUAAUAUUUAAUGCAUAUACUGUAUUGUAAACUUUUCAAAGUACAGGACUAUGUAGUUCCCUAGGUUUUCACAGUUAAUACAGGAAGCACGUACUCAUUUUAACCUGUAACUUGUAAUCCUUUCCUUUAUGUGCCAUAUAGGACAGGAUUACAAGUAAUAUGGGUGCAUAUGAAUCUUUUGCUGUUACAAUUUAUUUAUUGAAGUGUUCAAAACAACGUUUCUUCUCUAAAUAUGCAAUAAUUUCACAAUCACUGAUAAAUUGUCAAACUUGUAUUCAAGUCUGCAUAUAGCUAAAGUAGCGUAUAAAGUAUUUAAUGUUUUUGCUUGAUUUGAGUCAUUGAGUAGUGCAACAUGCCAAAUUGGCAAUCCAACAUAUUAGUUAAUCUUGUCCACACAGAAAUUCAAAGAAGCCCUGCCCUCUGUAUGAGACUGUGUUAAUUAAUCAGCUUCUUUGCAAAAGAACUUCAUAAACCUUUUGGCUUUUGAUCCAAAUGUCACAAAGUAUGAAUUCCAAAUUGGGUGACCGUCCAAAUAUAAUUUACUAAAUAAUUUAAUAUAUUUUUUAAGAAUUUUUUAUUGACAAAAAUAUUGAAUGAUAGUGAUAAGCUACCAAAACCACAAUUCAUCUUUCAUCAGCUCCCCCCUGGUAAUGACCCCAUGCAGAGAACCACCUAAGGUACAGGGAUAAUUUUUCGAGGAUACAAAAUUGUUUGAUAUAAACGCAUAAUCACAGAAAUAUUUUUAUUAGCAUAGUAAUGACAAAUGUUGUCAUGAAUUACCCUAUUAGUUUGAUUGCAACUGCAAUAUGAAAACAUUGUUAGUUGCAUUAUAAAACAACAUAUAUCACCUACUCUGGGGGCAACACAAACAUUUUCCAGACAUUGUAUUCUCUCUUUCUUUCUGGUUAACGUACCAUCAUUCAUAAAACAUUUCCUUUAUUUUUUGUAAAUUUUACAAACUUUUGGCUCUAAAUAUUAGUUUUUAAUCAGUGUAACUCACACAUUGUUAUCCAAUUCAAGUAAUGCCGACUACAAAAACUAUUUCCCGACUGCGAUAGAGUAGUUUGCCGAAUGCUUGAUGAUUUGGGUGUAUGUGUACCACCCCCACACCCCUUCUAGCAACGCACUGAAUGCCAAAAUGCUAGCAUUUUCAAUUGUUAUUAUAAAAUAUCUCAAACCUUGAAUGUCCCUAUUUAGUACAGUACUUAACUAAUGGCAGUAAUGAACAUGCAAGUCAGGUACAUUUCCGGCCAUUGAUGAGAUUAAUUUUCCAUAAUUACAGUAAAAUUCUAAAUUUGCUCCAACUCUAUUUUUCCAGACACAAGUCUGAACUUCUCUAGUUCCUCUGAUUUACAAAUCUUCUGAAAUCUUUAACAUUAUCGAGGUUUAUAACCAAAUUAAUAAUAUUAGAACUGAGACUAUUUUCAGGUAUAGUUACAGAAUUUACUAUACUGUAUUGUAACAUACAGCACAUUCUUAUUGUUUUGGUCCUUGAAUUGGCUUUUCCACGCGCUCGUUCAACCACUAGAAACAGACGUCGAGCGUUAAACGGCUAAAUUAUGAUCGAGGAACAACAAAUGUCUCUACAUUUAAAGCUUUUUCAAACUGACACUGCAGAGAAAGGACAAGAUACAAUUAAUUGUUACAUUUUUCUUCGACAACAGCACCCUUCACGGCUCCUGCCGGCUCUAUACUGACCCUGUUUCACACGCAAUAUUGUCCUAAUUCACUCGCUAAUACACCACUACGAAGAACAUCAACAUAUUUUCCACCAAAACCCGAAAAAAUAAUCAUUUAUAGAGGAAACAAUAAAAUAUUUUAAACAGUUGGUUUUGCUUUCGCCAACGCACGCGCAAGUCGUUCGACAUCCAGUUUUUUGUACGGUCUAGUUCGGAUUAUCCCAGAGCCUUCGUUUCCUUCCCAAGGAUCGAACGAGAUUGCAAUUUAAGGUUUCACACAGUCACGCCAUCUUGAAUUUCUCUCCCCAGUCCCCGUCUGACCCGUACGUACAUCACAGCAUCAUCAUACUGUUUUAGGGCAACUGUGGGUUUGGUGUACUAUGGUGUAUCCUAUAGUUCAGUCGAUCUUGGUUGGAAUCCAUAUGUGACGUUUGCUUUGACUGGUGUUAUUGAAUUUCCUUCAAAUUUUGGUACGGUCUGGGCGGCAGAUAGGUACAUGUGUUAAAUGUUUAUUUUUAUUAAUACUUAAGUCCGUUUUCAACUUCAACCGCAUCGUAGCGUACAAAAAAAAAACGCUAUGAAAAGAAAAGAAAAUGUCAUUCGUUAUAUGAGAAUGUUAUUACACCGCCCCUCCCUCACUACGUUUCUAACGACCUUUCCUUCAAAUAUACAUCUCAAACAGUGUUUGUAGAGUCGUAGUAGUCCUCUCUUUAAAUAUUUAAAUCUCAUCAAAUUACAAGAUCUAGUCAAUAUUUGCACUGCUGUUCUUAUGUUUAAGUUUCACAACUCUCUCCUGCCUUCUACAUUUAACCUCUUUUUUGUGCCUGUUGACAAAUUACAUAAUUAUAAUACAAGGUUAUCAUUUAACCAAUCUUAUUCUCUUCCUAAACCAAGAACAAAUUAUGGUAUGUUUAAUUUUAGAUUUCAAGGGCCUAAAAUAUGGAAUUCUAUCGAUAGUAAAAUCAAGACCUCAUCUCUGGCUUUUCUAAAAAAAAAAUAAAAUUUUCAUAUAUCGAAAGCUACUAAACGAUAGUAGCUUGUGCACCUUUUAUUAUUAAUUAACUUAAAAAUUGUUUCUCUAUUUGUGUAUUUGUGUUUUCGUGCUUUUUGGGGGGUUUUUGUUGAGUUAGUAUUCUGUACACUAUUCCGACCGACCGAUAAAACUUAUUAAUUAGUCCAAGGACUUUUAUUGUCUCUGAGUAUUUGGUUGCCUAUCUUGAUAAGCCCGUAUGGUGUUUCUAGGUUUUUACCAAUACCAACCUAGUCAAUCUCAAAAAAAAGAAAAACAUAUGUAUGCAGUGUAUGUGUAUGUGUAUGUGUAUGUGUAUGUGUAUGUGUAUGUGUAUGUGUAUGUGUAUGUGUAUGUGUAUGUGUACAUGUAUGUGUAUGUGUAUGUGUACAUGUAUGUGUAUGUGUAUGCAUGUGUAUGUGUAUGUGUAUGUGUAUGUGUAUGUGUAUGUGUAUGUGUAUGUGUAUGUGUAUGUGUAUGUGUAUGUGUAACUACGUCUUUUUACAACCGGCCCCUAAAUAUUACUUUUCAGGGUUGGUAGAUUCUUGCGCAUACUCAGAGCCAAAUGGGUUGAAGUUUGGCUGGACUUCAUGCGGCCUAGAAUUACAACCAUGUUAUUUGUGACAAUGCAUGAAUAGAAGCAAAAAUAGAAUCUACAUGCAAAAAUCAAUGUUUUAUUUCAGAAUAAUCAAUACAUUUUCACAAAGUCUUGUAAACUGUGAAAAUGCCAAAAAGAAGACAAAUGACAACAACGACAACCACAAUUUUUAUUCCAACCAUAAAAAUUAUUUACAACAUGAAUAUAUAUGUAUGCAUACAUAUAUAUACAUACACAUACACAUACACAUACAGAUAGCUCCAGAUUGCGCUAAGUACCGUAGUUAUCUUUAACUGUAGUUACUUAACUGCGCCCCAAGGGCGCUUUCCAUUAACACGGCAGACCGGUCAGAACGGUCAAAUUUUGCAUGGAACACAAAACACUUGGGCUUCGGACCUAUCUGACUGGAAAAUUUAGAUAACAUUAGAAUGAGGUUGAUUUUCGCUACAUGCUUGAGAAACAUAGACCAGAUCUGACCUGUCAGGCCAUUAAAUGGAAAGCGUCCUUAACUAACGGCAUUGUACAAAAUGCAGUUAGUGGUAUAUAGUUAAGUCUUAAAUAAUCCAGUUUAACACAAAAUUACAUAAUGUAAAAGAUGAUUACGACCGCUGACUGGCAGUUUUAACACAAUUGUGUACUCGUAUUUUGCAAACAGGCGGGAAUUCGAUUCAAAAUAGUGAAAAUUAACAAGAAAACAACGCACAAAUCACUAGGCUGUUUUUCGGUGCGGUAUCUACGCUCAACCAAAGUGUAGCUGUUUACUAAUUUUGAAUUGUAUAUCAGUGUUUAUUCGUGAAAUCGUCCUUAUAAAAAUAUACUCUGUUUUCACCAAAAAACCAAAGCGAUAGUGGUAGAAGAGUUUUUUAUUGUCAGAAAAUUUUCACAGGGAGGAUGCAUGGCGAUUGAAAAUCCAGGUGGGCAUUGCUUCCAUUAUUGUUUUAUUGAGAAGUUUUGAGAAGCUAAUUAUGGAGAUUAUAAAAUAUAAAGUGGGAUUUGAGGGGGAAAUCGAGGGACAAAUUGAAGCUUCCUAAUAAGGGCAAAUAAUGCUCUCUCACUGUCUAAAAUCUCGUUGGCCCGAUGUAAAUUCUCAUCGGCAGAUGCAAGUCGCAAUGUUAAAGAGGGAAGUUACGAAAAACUACAAUUUCGAAAAAGAUUUUUUACCAAAGUCCAAGCAAGGAUAAAAAGCUCAAAGUCAAGAAGAAUACCUCAACUACUGUAUAGGAAUGUUUUAAAGUGCUUUUUCGAUAUUCUCCUCAAUUUUUCGCCAAGAAUUAAUGUAAAACAGUCACGACUGUUUAUGAAACCAGAACUGAAUACUUGAAUUGUAGCCAAAUGUAAAUUUGUUCCUUUCGUUUUGUUUAGUACACACUCAAACAAAGAUUAUUAUAAAUCCAGCAUUCUGAUUGGCUACUCAACCAUGGACCAUUAUGUAACGGGCCAUGGUUGAGAAAAAAGAUGGCGGAAAAUUUUGUUUUGCAAAGGUUUGGGGGGAAAUUUUUUGUACGAAAUUUCCCCCUGAAGAAUAAAAAAGACUACAAAAUAUGACCUGAAGACGUUUAAUGGUAGGGAGCAAAAUUCAAACCGUAUUUUAAUGAUAAAUCUGCCGUCAUUUGCCACAAAAUGUGGCACGAAGACAGGCGGAACAGAAGAGCACAUUCUUUGAGCACAUUACAAGCAAAACCGUUGAUAUUUCAACGGCUUGUAGUCACUUAAUCGUAUGUUUUCUUCAUCUUUUAAGUGUCUCUUUGCCCAAAAUGUUAUUUAUUGCCUAUAGCAGUAAUAUUUUUAGGUUCUUCCCGCUUUAAAUGGUCUUUUUCUGUGCUCAGCCGACAUUUCCCACCAAAAACAAAUUUCCUUAUAGCUUCCGAGUUUGACAAAAUUUUAAGGUUAACUAAUUUUGUCCUGCGUUUUAUGUGACACUAUUGUUUUUCAGAGCUAUGUAUUUCAUUGAUUUUAACGACAUUAGGAACGAUUACUUUGCGUGUGUUACUGUUUUGUACGUCUUUCUAGCGCAAGCUACUGUAACAUUUCGGGAAAUCAUAUUGCUUACAGUUUGAAAACAUCUUUAAGUUCUGGACUUUUAGGUCUUGUUUCGUCCUCUUAUAAUUAUCAAAAUUUCGCUUGUAUUUUCCUUAAUACCAUGACUGUUAUAGAACCGGUUUUGAAACAUUUUUAAGGUUCACAAGCUGUGUAUUUUUAUACAACUGACUUAACUGUGUGGUUGAAGUUAACUAUGAUUAUUCAACUACAAAACGGAUAAUUAAAACCUGUCGUCCCCCAACUUACCCGUGUGGAUGGUUAGGUGCAGACGCGGUCCGCUAAAGAUCUAGAGAUUUGAGUUACUUGGAUUCAGGUCCGAAUCACGUGGACCUAUCCUUUAAUUGGCGGAAAUUAAACCGAUAGUCAAUAGUUGUCAUAGAGAAAAAAUAAUUAAAAUUUGGCUUCUUCUCUAAGCAGAGUACUGCUCCAAUUUGCUAUGAGUUAGCUGAUGACAUGUGAGUCUCCUUGGCACUAUACCCGAUACCUUGAGGGCAUGUCGUGCCCAGACGGCGCGAGGUUCCUGUGAUAUUAACCUUGUUUACUAUAUGUAACCUCGUUUAAAAUGUAGUUAAGAGUUUUAUAGUCACUAAAUUACCGCCACAGAAUUGUUGCUGGUCUCAUUAAAAUAACGAUUUUUGGAUUGCAGAAUAAUGUUUCUUCCGGUUUCCUAGCAAAUAUAAUCAUACAAUACUGCUCAGAAAUAACCUAACAGAAAACGCGUUCGGAACGCGUUCCUAAAUGCGUUCCUAAAUGCGUUCCAUUUGCGUUCCAUUCGCGUUCCAUUCGCGUUCCAUUUGCGUUCUAUUUGCGUUCCACUGUUACCGGAACGCAUCGGCGGAACGCGUUCCGGUUACACUCGUAUCGAAACCGGACAUCGUCGGAAAUCAUCGCGAUUUCCCGAGUAUUAGUCAGCCUUGCUUGCACAUUUUGUGUUUUAUAAAGCAUGAAACCACGUUUUUAUAUUUGCUUUCCACUAACGAGUCGCGAAUCAAAAUAACCUAUGAUGUACACAUCACAUACAUAUAUGUGUGUGGUCAAUAGACAAUACUCCGGGACAAAACAAAACACAAUCUAGCUAAUUUCCCCUAUUCGCCAUCGGGUUUCUGAUGAUCAUGUAGAAAAUGCUCGCGCUUUUCACAAAACCCUAAAGGGCAUCAAAAUAAAUAAAACCGCAGUUUUGAAGGAGUUUUAAUGACUUUAACAGUAUUGUCUAUAAUUAUGGAAGUUAUUGUCUAACGUUACUCACUCACGCGUGUGUUGAAUAGGCUAUUGAAUUUCAUUUCCGAAAGAGGUAUGCGUGUAUUCGCGUGUCACAGUAAGGAAACAUUAUCAUAAGUUGGUAUACGAUUGUUAUUUGUUAGUAAAUGUAUAUUGCAAGCAUGCACUUAUUAUAGAAUCAACCCGAGAUGUUGGUACCCCGGGUUUAUGGCCGGAACGGCGCUUCGCGUUUACUCGGAGAUUAAAACAAUUAUUGAAAUCGAAUUUCACAUAACACAAACUUCAGUGUUGAUAAUUCUUCAAACCAUACUCAACCUCAUUCAAUAAUAGUUCAAUCUUGUUCCCUGGGUAUUUUGCCUCCACGGCUGAAGGUCGGCGAAAAUGGCUCUGGAGACUGGGAUGGCGUGAUCAAUUCUACAAUACCACUGGUCUGUUAAAAAACGCAUUAAUUCCUUUGCAGUAUAAUUUAUUCAAACAAUUCUGGUGCUUUAAAUUUUUUGUCGUCGAAUUAUACGGCAAAGUAUACUUAAGAUUCACUUACGUCCUAUACUUGCCGUGCUAUGUUAUCGUCAGACUCACGGAUAUAAGAAGAAUUAUACAUUCAAGCAUACUGCCUUAACAUAACGUCUUUGGGUGAACAAGUUGGCAAAUGGUUAAUUACUUCAUAUAUUUAUAAUUCGUAAUCAAACUACAAAGAUUAAUUUCACACAAAUUAUCCAGCAUGAGUCCACCUUUGAAUUUACUAUAUGAGUAAAUUGUUAAACACGUCUGAAUUUAUGAAGAUGAUAAAUUCGCGGCACCUAACCCCCUAACAUGACUAACACCUAACCCUAACCCCAACACUAACCCCUAACCCCAAUCUAACUUUUUAAAACUUUUUAUCACUUUUGUUAUUUUUUUACUUUUUUAAACUUUUUUAACGAUCUGAAAUUAUAGUAUCAAAACAUCCAGAAAUUCUGGGUGUCAUGUGACCAGUUGAUACUAGGGCCACUCUUGCCGGCCUUCUGGCGUGGAGGCAAAAUACCGUAGGGCGAGGUCGACAAUUGUUAACUUUCAGACCUCAGUCAAUGUUAUCCUCCUUGAGAUUGACCCCGGCCUGAACAAUUCUUGAUGUCACUAUUCAUUACCCAUUAUAUAGAGAAUAAUACAUGGGUGCGCGGAAAUACGAUUUAUUUCGAGUGUUGAACAUGAUAUCUCACGAGUGAGCGCAGCAAACGAGUGAAAUAUCAUGUUCAACACGAGAAAUAAAUCUGGUAUUUCCAAGCACCCAUGUAUUUUUCUGUUUAUUAUAUAAACAAAAUUCAGUGAAAAACAAUAAAACGUCCGUGGCAAUGCGUUUUCCAACAAAUGAUAUUUUCAAACGUAAAAAUAUCGUAUUUUUACGUGUGUUUAAUUAAAUACGAUUUUUCUCAGUGGCCAAAUACUCUAUAUAACACUUAUGUUUAUAUAAUAAAUAUAUUAUAUGCAUAACUAGAAAUACAUGCAUGCAGCAACCCCUCGCCCAUAUCUUCCAAACAUUGAUUUAGCAUGACAUGCAUAUUAGUAAUUGAUCAACACUGAACGCAGGCUCGCGUUUACGUCAGUGUUGCCAUGGCAACACCACAAAAUACUAUACAGAAGUCCAUCUCCAUUGUUUUUUGUGUGACUGCUAUUCGUCAUGAUUCAUCACUCAGCGAGUACCGUAAACAGAAACAGUCAUCCCCCUGGAUGUGCGCCAUUUUGAGUAUUUCCAAGGGGGGACUGCUUCUGUUUACGGUGCUUGCUGAGUGACGAAUGGCGCUUACGCCACAAAACAAUAUAUGUGUGUAAUAUUCUGUGGCAACACGAUAAUUGCUCAUUUUUACUAUAUAUUUUAACUUCCCCAUUUUAACUAUAUAACAAUUAAUUUCCGAAAUAUGUACUGUAGGUAUGUUGUUCUAGAUUUUGUGAGCUUUGAUUUAAUCUAAAACUUAACCUCCAUCGCUUCGUAAAAUGUUUUGAAAUGUUCAUUUCAAUAACUAAACUGCUUUUGCCGAUAAACUGUUUUUACUUCAAAUUGUUGAGUAAUUUCAGUUAGAUCUUCAAUUUAAUUUUCUCUCCUUCACAUUUACCUUUUUUUCUUAAAUUAAGCAGGAUAAUUUAGGAAACUUACAUGCAGCUUGAUUGAAAAGGAAAACAGCAGUGCAUGUUACGUUUUACGCAAUGAAUUAUUAAAGCAAUUAACAAAAUUCAUAAAACAUUAAACAUUCCACGCAAUCUUGCCCUAUAUUUCACGAUUUUCCAUAGUAAAUCAAUUCUUCUCAUUUUUUGAAACAAAAAUUGCUUCAAAGCUCACUGUGUGAAACGUGAUUUUCCAAGUAUAUGUUUUGAAAAUUAAAAUCUUGCUUUAAUAUUCUCAGUGUGCUUAUACGACUCCUGGCAAACGAACAACCAUAUUUUUUAGAUCAGUGAGGACUUCCACCCUUGGAUCAUAGCCAUGCGCCCACGAUAUAUGAUGAACGUUAGACUUCGCUAGUGCGUUCCUUUCCCCGGGUGUAAAUAGCCGGGCGGAAUUAGUAACCUCGCCCCGGGCUAACGCCCGGAACGGCGCUCCGCGCCGUUGGCUUGGGGAUAAUUAUUAAUGCAAGGUUCUUAAUUCAUUUUCGUAUUACAUAUAGGUAUGGCCGAAAGAAAACUGCAGUACUUAAUUUAUUUUGUGCUUGUGUUGCCUCAAUUGCUGUUGUCAUGAUUCCUUCUGACCAAAGUAAAGGAGGUCAGUAUACAUACUUACAAGAUAAUUAUAAUUAAAUAAUCAUUACAUGUUUGAGUAACUGUAACGGUAACUAGUUAAUUUUUGGUAAAGUAACUUGGUAUAGGUAAUAGCAUGGUUUCGAGUGUAAUUUGGAUAUAUCAUGCACGAGUAAGUAAUUUUUCAAAGGCCUCAAAAUAGCACGAGUUCGAAGGAUGAGUGCUAUUUGAGGUCUUUAAAAAACUCACGAGUGCGUGUUUAUUCGCCCGUUAAUUUAACUGAGAGAAAGUCGAGGUUUUUAUUAGUCGAGGUUUUGUUCAUCUGUAGAGCGAUGUCAUUGAAGGGGGCCCCGCAUUGAAUCAGUCUUAUUAAUUUUCUACCGGAACUUUUCAAUUUGGACUACGCAUAUGCUCAGUAGUAAAUUAUCGCAAUUAAAUACCAUGCAUCGCUCAAUAGGUGAAACUGAGCCUUUAAAAUCAAGUGUAUUAUAGGUAACAGAACAAUCAUCCAAAGCAACCGUUUUAUUUUGUAAUGGAUUGCCUGUGCCAGAAGAAAACUUGUAUUGUUCUUUCGCUUUUGCUGAAUGCCUAUGGAACCAUCCAUGGGUUUAAAUCUGGCUCCAUAUAGUGAAAUCUACAGUGUAAAAUGCACUUUUUUAGUUAACUCUAAAUAAAUUUCGCACUAAUAGUGGGGAGGAUAAGUAAAAGUAUUUUGCAUUUUGUGAAGAAAGCGCCAUAUUGACACAGUGUGUAGACUUUGACACAAGUAUGGAUAUCAGAUAUGGAGCAUCUGUGAAAUUAACGCUAAUAGUAAAAAAUGUGGAAUUUCUGACAUUUAUUAUAAUUUCUAUUACUGACAUUACUGGUAGAAAUUUUAAAAUUCCAAAGUAACUCACAGAAUAAGUUGUAUGGUAGAAACGUACACAAAAAACUGUCUAUAGAACAUUAAAGCAGUUCUUGAUUUUCCAAAUACUUCCUGAGCUGCAACCAAUCUUGAAACCCGAGAAUGCAAUCCUCUGUGGAGGCUUGCUGUGGCUCUGAAAAACGACGGCGACUUUUGCACAAAAAUCAGUGCUUUUGGAUCCUGUACUCCGCUCGACAUUUAUAGAUAGACAUGACUGCCGUCAAACAUGAAUUAUGUCGUUGUUUAAGCUUAUUACGACUUUAAUUCUUUAAAGAACACUUGGCAUGGUUUUGAAAUGUUGUAAGAUACUGGUAGUGAUUUAUUUUAACUUGUUUAAUUCCAGUAAAUCAUGGGUUGUUGUGCUAUUUUAAAUUAUUGUAGGCAACGGCUUAUCAUGACCUUAUAUGGUAAUGCUGCACUGUUGUAAUUCUACAUUUUGUUAUUGGCAUAUUAAUAUCAGAAUAGUCUAUUGAUUUCAUAUGAGAAGCUAGGGAAGUUUAAUAAGUUUAUUAUGCUGUGUGUUUCAUUGAUAUGUUUAAAGAUAAUACACAAAGAGAAAUAAACUUUAUAUUAAUUAAGCGAUGUUUGAAUCACUAAAUAGACCAACAGUUUGAAUAAUAAUUAGCACUUGAAAAAGAACCAAUCAGAGCCCGACUUUCGCUGGUGUUUCCCAGAGCUUCAGCCAGACUCCACAGUGGAUUGCAGGAUGUGGUUUCGAGAUUGGAGCUGCAAACUGUUAAAAAGGCGAUUUGAAGCUAGUGCCAGUUUUUGCACCUUUUUUAUCUAUUUUGUGGGAUUUUGAAACUGAUUAAUUUAGAAACAACUUGGCAAAUAAAAAACUGCUCUAAUGUUCUAUAGACAGUUUGUUGUGUACUUUUGAACCAUACAACUUAUUUUUUUCUGUGAGCUAACUUAGGUUUUAAAAUUUUUAUCGGUAAUAUAUAAUAGAAAUUUAUAUUCAAAUAUAUAUCAGAAAUUCAAAAUGUUUAGCUAUCAGCGUUAAUUUCACAGAUGCCUCCAUCAGAGGCGUAUUCAGGAUUUUCGGUCAUAGUAGGCCGGCAAUAACCCAGGUGGGGCCAAGCCGCCAAUGACUCGAGACGCAAAGUUCGCGCAAGAAAAAAUUUUGUGGACCACACAACAUUUUAAAUCUCCCCCUCCCCUCCCCUCCCCAGUGACAUCUUUUUCGGUAAAAAAAUUUUCUGGACAAUAACAUUACAAUUGCUUUCGUAGCACUUUUCCCAAUUUCCGUAUCACUUUUUGUGAUGCUUCAACACGAAGAUUCCGACUAACAUUAGAGAUUUUGAGCAAGAGAACGAAGUUGGACGACGACGACGUGGACCGUGGUUGACAAUUUUUGCCUGUCUUGCACAUUAUCUUACGCAUUCUGAAUUUAGGGUCAGGCGCAGGCGGUGAUCGCACUACGACCGCAAUGCAUCAUGAGUAAAAUAAAAAAAUUCACUCAUUUGCGUUCUGACGUUCGAGGUGAAAACACUGUGCACGGCCGAGCGAUGGGUAUAUAAAAUUGUCUUUUGCCCUUCUUGAAAGAAUCCACAGUGGCAGUACAUGUCAAAGAACUUCUGGAAAAGUUUGUGUAGUCGAUGCAUCCUGUGAGUUUCAAAGGUUUGGCGAUGAUCGCAAGUAUGUUUGUUUUAAUUUUUUUAUAUGUUUACUUAUUGGUUUGUGCAGUGUUUCAAUCGCUAAACUUAUGUAUAUUCUAUUUACUUUAUUGUUCUUAUGACUGUAUUGUUAUUAUAAUUAUUAUGCUAAUGUUUCAGGGUUGUGGACAUACGGUAAAAGUAUGCAUAGACACGGAAACUUUUCUGCAAUAUUAUAUUAUUUAAUACAUAUACAAGCUACUGUAAAAUUCCAUGUAAUUUUAGUUUAAUAUGCUUUAAUAGAAUUUGCUCAUCAUCUUAGUAGUUCCAAUGCUAUCAUAGGUCACAAUUUCUAUGGUUUGACUACACAAUCUUACCUAAAAACUUUGGGAUGAAAAUCAUAAUCUUCACAUAUUUUGUAUGCCAUGCCAAUUCAAUUUUUGGUAUGACCACAAAUAUUGUAAAUAUUAUGCACCAUUGACUGGAGAUGUUGAGGGGUAGGGGAUAAUAAUGUGACUGAGGUGCUGUUUAUAUGAUCUCGGGUACUAGGGACUCUCUACCCUCCGAUCUACCCUGGGAGAGGCAAAAUUACAUUCAUUAUAUAACAUUAUAAUAUAGCAUUUGUAAAUUCUGAACGCUGAUUGGCUAAGAGCCGUGUUGAUAUAACUCCAUGUCAACACGGGAAAUUUUCCGCCGCUUGUAAACACGGAAAUUUUUCUUAUUCUUUGGGCUUUUGACAUUGCUAUAUUAUAAAACAAAUAUAAAACAUUUUUUCCGUAUUGAUAUAUCGUUAUAUCAACACUCGUGGAAGUUGGGAAAACUCGAAAUUGUGUGAAAACACUUCGCCCUUCGGGCGUCGUGUUUCCACACAAUUUCUCGUUUUCCCAAUUUCCACUCGUGUUGAUAUAACUAUAUAUCAACACGGAAAAUGUUUUAUAUUUGUUAAUUUAAACGCAAGUACUAGUGUUUAUAUGGAAAGUUUUCAACUCGGCUGGUCUGGUAGGGUCACCCUGGCAGUAGGGACACCCUGUUUACGAAACAGGGUUACCCUUGUAGGAGGGACAACUUUUGUCCAUGUGUUUACAUGUUUGUCUCAGCUUCCAUGGAUAACUUUUCAUUUCCUGAUUCCCAGACCUUCAAACAAAUAACUGCAUGUUUCAGGAGUCACAAUCUCGUACUUAGAGCCAUUCUCGUAGGAAGAGAUUAAAUGUGCAGUAAAGUUGUCUCGGGUGGAUUGGGUGUCUCUAGUAUCCAAGAUCAUAAAAAUACAGUAGCGCCUAAGUAAUAAAAAAUCAUUGCAAUGGCAAUUUGCAGCUGGCAGAAAAACACCUUGCAUAACAAUAUAUGGAGAGAGAAAAAAAUGAUGUGGUUUAAAUUGUACCACAUACUAUCUAGUUUUCAAGAAUUUUGUUCUAGCCUUCCACUCACUAGAAUUUUAUUGGUGCACGGGAAUGUCACAACAAUUUAUAAUCCAUGCCAAUGCCUUGCUAAUCAGACGUUUGAUCAAUUUGUUUUUAAAUGACACUCUUUUUAUGUACAAAUGCAUAAAAAAUUAUAGAGUAAAUUGGAAACUAGUUGCGUGCAGUAAAUAACAAUUUGUUAUUAUUCACCUUUCAGCUUUGCUGUGAAAAAGAUAUUCAAUUCAGUACAUAAUGGCACCAUAUGAAGCAGAUGCACAAAUUGCAUUUUGCCAGCCUCGUCCCCAGACGCUUUGAUUUGAGGCUGCGGUUUUGCAGUGUCUGAAGAUUCAGACCUUGUUGUAUAGAGCGUUUGCACUCAUUCCCCACGGGCCAACUCAACAAAAGCCAUGGCGGCUAUGUUGGUGUUCCAGAUAAGAGUCUAAUUAAAAUUAGACGUCAUGUGCAAAUGCUCUAUAUCAGUGUGAAAAGGUACAGCAUGUAUAACAAUAAUUAAAAUGGGAUGUUUUUGUUUGCAUUUCAAUGAUGAUGGUGGUCAUGUAUAGACUUAGUAAAACAUUGUUCAAUGAAGUGUUAUAAAUAUAUGAAUAACAAAUUUAUUGUGAUUGUAUGUGCUUUAUAAACAGCACAAGUGUAGUGGGUUUACAGUGUUUUACUGUCGUUCCAAUUGAAGUGUUCCUCAAAUAUCGAUUCAAUACAUUACCUCGGGCUGACUAAUUCAUUUGAUAGAAAAUUUAUCAACUUCCUGUCGCUUUUAAAUGAGCCAAUUAGAUUUCGUUUCAGAACCGAUUGACCAAUAGGAAACGCACGGGAAGUAAAAAAAUAUUGAAUUCGUAUGAAUUGGUCAGCCCGAGGAUUAUAAUGUAUUGAAUCAAUAUUUGAGGAACACUUCAAUUGGGACGACAGUAACAGUUUUUCUACAUAACUCAUAGCAGCAUUCUUAGAACUUCCAUCCACGCCAGCCCAGUUUGUGUUUAAGGUAGAACAGGGUUUUCUUCAGGGAUUUUUUAGGGCCUAAAUUUGUGUGAGACACUAUCUGUAUUAUGACUGUACAUGUAUCUGUGUUAUAUUUACAUCCGUAGUAAGGCAUUCUGCAGCAAUGUGGACUACAGUAUGCAUGUCAUGUUUCAGGUGCUAUUUAAAGCUACAAACAAAUGGUAUGGGUAACUUGGUGGAAAUGGCAAAAAUUUUAACACAUCUAAAAUUAACCAAGGAAAAGUUUACUGAGUCAUUGCCAGUUGCUCCAACUGACUAUAAUACAAGAAACAGUUCCAACAAGCACAAAUGGUUUUUCACCACCAGACAGUCAUUGAUCCUGUCAAAUAUGAAACAGUCCCAUUAUUAAAGUCUGUUCUUCGCCUUUUCGGUUGUCCAACAGUCUUGCUCAUUUUGACACACAUUAUUUUUUUCCAUUUGAAAAUGUUUUUGUGCUUCUCUUUUGCGUUUAUUAUUUCUUUGCCGCUUUGUUUUUUGUUUGCCUGGCGUAUUCCCCUCUAGGAUGCACGAACGCUUCCCCAAAAUAGCUGGAGAAUAUGAACUCUGGACAAGAAGACCUGAAAUUAGCAAAGGAAAUAUCAUGAUUUAAAAGCCCAAAAAAGAUACAAUAUUGAGGGGCGCCAAGGGGCGCCAUUAAAUAUGGUCACAAAUAAUGAUCAUAGAUUAUGCCAAUUGCAAUUUUUUAAAAAUGUUAUGUGUGAACGGUUAACCUGUGACAUAAAAAAGUAAACAGACCAGUGUAUUUGGGAAAAAUACACGAGCUUACAAUCAAAUGAUAUUUUUUAUCGAAUUCCAAAAAUUAUCGAUUUGAAAAGUAACACAGCAUAACAAUAUUACAUGCAACUUCCUUUUUAAAGAAAAAACAAAAAGUUUAAACUUUAAAACGUAGCGGAAAAUAGAGCGCCAACAUACCUUUCAUCGUGCUCGAAAUCCGCCAUCUUGAAGAAAAUAUCCAAAAUAAUGCAUUGCGGUCGUAGUGCGAUCACCGCCUGGGUCAGGCGUGAAGACAGAUUAGAGAUUUAUAUCUAGCUAUUUAUAAAUGCUGACCCAAAUCCUUACCCUGAUGAAGACAAAACAGCGAGACAUGAAUCCAUAUCUCGUGUUCGUUCUUCUGCCUUCGUUCACAACGAAAAAUUCGCAACAAUUUUGGCAAAAUUCGCUUUGAAUUUCGUUCAGAAGGAAGGCAGAAGGACACAGACGGGAUACAGUUUCAUUCUCGCUGUUUUUUUCUGGGUCAGGACAAGAAUUAGGGUCAGUAUGCAUAAACAGCGACACAUGGGAAGACACGUUGAGCAACCACCAGUGACGUCCAAUUCAGUAUGCGCAAGAUAAUGUGCAGACGGCAAAAAUUGGCGAGUACACCUUCUUCUUCGUACUUCGUUGUCUUGCUCAAACUCUGUAUUGACAGUUUUCCGAUGGGUCUCCCCUCCGGCCACGGCGCCACUGCCGAGCCCACAUUAAAAAUUCACUUGAAAAAAAAAGAGAUUGGUUUAAACUUCAUCUAACCCUCAUUUAAUACAUAUUGAAAUAAUUAGGGUAGAAAAGGUAUGUGUUUCAAGCUGUGUGCUGCAAAUAAGAGAACAAGUGAUUUUAGGUUUCACACCGAUGUCCAGCAAAGCAUAUAUUCUACAGAAUUUUUGCAUUACUGACAGCAUGAACCUAUAUAAUCAAGGAUUCCCUUUUCUAUACAAUACAUUUUAUCACAGCCCCCCCCAAAUUUGCCAGGGGGGGCGGCCAUCCGGCCCCAGCCCAUGCUACGCCUCUGGCCUCCAUAUCGGAUAUCCAUACUUGUGUCAAAGUCUACACGUACUGUCAAUACGGUGCUUUGAAAGAGCAUCACAAAAAUAGUAAUAUUCCGAAGUUUCGUUGCGAAAUGUUGUAAAAUGCGGAUAAUAAAGCCCUGCGAAAUUUGCAGUUUUUCAGUCAUUUUGUAUUAAGCACGGGAAAUUGAUACCUUUUUUCAGAAAGCGCGGUAUUAAUUUCCCGUGCGUAAUAUGGAUCCGAAAAUUUUGUUCAAUAGGGAAUAGGUCCAUUGGAAAGGUCUAUUAUUGCAAAAUUAUACGCUUAUCCGCCCCACUAUAAUUAACUGACGAUCGCGAGGUUAUACUCGUUCCAGUACCUCAGCAUGAUAGGGACAUAUAUUUCUUUCUUCAGCAUCAACGAAUACAAUCUUUCGAAUUAUAAUGGCAAUAUUUGCAAAGUUCUUUAUCACCAACGCUUCCUCGUCUUCGUAUGUAUGGGCGGCAGAGCUGUUCCCAACAUUCAUAAGGUUAGUAAUAUCAGUGAAAGUUAAAAUUUAGACAUUAUGCAAAAAGAUCUCAGAAUAUUGAAAUGAUGGGGUAUCUCAUUCCCUGUUUUUGUGUUGUCUCAUGCUAAAUGAAUUCUUUGUGAUUUCACUAUCAGGAGUAUGGCGUUAAGCUUUGGCUCAGUGGCCUCAAUUGUGGGCUCAAUUUGUGCAAGUUAUGUAAUUUGGUUGGUUAGUAUAUAGUGUCAUUCUAUUUUGGUAUAUGAAAUACUAACAUGUAAAUUAGUAUAAUUCGAUAUGAACAUGGCUUUUUGAAAAAUGCUCUAGGCUUGUUUUUAGCUAUAUUAUAACUAUGAAUAACUCAUUGGGUGAGCUUGUUCGGUCCGAAUAGUAGGAAAUUAGUCUCGUUCUUUUUUUCUUUGUCUUUUGGCCUCGGUCUAUGUAUAUAAACGUUAUUCUAUGGUGCAUAGUCUGCAGGAAAUUUUUAUCUUUGUUCACAGGAAAACAAUUAUUUUUCCACUAGCCCUAUCUGGUCAAUUUGUAUUCAGUAAUGUACUUUGCGAAUGUUUACAAUCUUAUUCACAAUCAUUUGUUAUUUCAAACUAAAUGUUGGACCAACAGUAUCAACUUUUAAAAACAAACUUUCGAAAAUUUGAUAACAAUAUUCGUUUUCGCUUUCAGAUAAGGAUUCAUCCGAUGCUUCCAUUUGGAAUCAUGGCAUUCUUCUGUUUACAGGCUUCUUUCGUCGCCAUGUUUCUACCAGAGACAAACGGCCAGCCCACUCUGGAGACUAUCCUAGAUAUGGAACCGAAAUUAGUACCAACAUCAAACGAAAAUGAAAAAAAUGAUUGCAUGCUGGAGGAAAAACUUUAA